AUGGCUCAGAUCCAAGGUGUGGAGUGUGGGGUGUUUUCCAAUCCUCCCAACGGCGUGGGAAUCAACACUUAUGUCGAUAUGCACCACACCAUUCAUAAGGAAACUCCAGAACCGCUAACUCCUUCAGACACGAAUUCGGUGAUGUCUAUAAAAUCAAUCGUGACUCCACUGCAAGAUUUACCAGAAGAAAAACAACCAAAUGGCGGGAUAUCGAUCGAAAACAAGGAAGACUUGGUGUCGAUUCUCAAGGAUUUGGUCCAAGUGGAUCUUUCUAUGACCAGUUUACGGACAAAAAUCGACGUUAUUGAUGGUGAAAAAAUCCAAAACAUACUCAAUACUUUGGAAGAAUAUGAUCCCGAAGCCACAACGGUGGAAGAGCGCCAGAGCAUCGAGAAGCUUGCCACAUCGAACCACACUCUCAAGGAAAUCCGCCAGGAACAUCCAUUUAGAGACGACGUUGCGGUGGACAGAUUGAGCACCGAGUUCAAUCCGUUUCUUCGUCGUAUAAAAUUUAAGAAUAACCUUGAUCGUUUGUUGUACAUUUCACAGUGGUACACGUCUAGCGAGUUCAACGCAGGAAAAAAGCCAGACGGCGAAAUUGAAGACGAAGCGCCUACGGACGGAAGGAGAUUACGGCCACGAAGAAAGACGAAACAGGUUUCUCCUGAGCCUGAAAAAAUAGAAGAGGAAAAGCCACGAACCAAGAGAAGACGAACCAAAGCGACUGUGAAAGACGAGACUCCAGAGUCGAAAGAUUCGGGAGACAAGUAUAAUCCAUUUGAUCCUGAAAAUAUAUUGGAAGAUACCUUUCUUCCACUCCACGGCAGACAUGCAUUUGCAGAUUCCAUAUACAUAGACGCUCCUUCUCUUCCACCUCUUGUGACAAACGUGGAACCAAAAUUAGGUGUUUCUGUCGAUACCUCUGCAAGCAAUUUGAUCACACAGCACACCAAGCAUUACAAGAAUUUGCCCAGUUCGUUCCCUACACUUUUCAUAACCAAUAGCGAUGGCCAAGAAGUGGCCAAUGUGAACAAUAGAAUCCGUAUUCGGUUCUUGCUAUAUCCAAUGCACUGCGAAGAGUAUGUUCUUGCACAACCCAAAAGUAACCAGCUUGACCCCGUCGACGAAAUCAUCAAAUUCUUCCAAGUCAACUACGGUUUGUACUUUUCAGGAUCUACAAAAAUCAGGAAUAUAAUUGUCACCAACUAUUGCCAGAAAUUGCGGGAAGCAGUCGACGACGAUGACUUGGCUUCAUUUGUGACAAUCAUAGACAAGUGGAACCAGUUGGUGCUUCACCUCUCGCCCAACCCUUCUUUCUGGUCCGACAUCAACCCCGAGAUUAGAAUGUACACCAAAAAAAUCGAGGAAAAGUUUUCUGAAUCCGAUCUAAAAAUCAACAUUUUCCAUACAGAGAUAGCCAAGCUCGUUGCAAAACACCAAGGCGAUAAACAAGACAAAAACCAAACAAAUGAAACAAACGACAACGACCAUACUGUCAUUCCUGGCUCCAAUGGCAGUGUAUUGGCUGGUGAUUCCAUUUCAAGAUACAAGCGAGAUUUCUUUUGCCAACUCGCUUCGAACCAAAAGAUAUCUCGUUACGCAUUGCACCAAAUACUUUCCAGAGUUUACGCACGAGUUGUUUCUAUAUCUUCAAACAAACUUCGCUACUAUAAAGCCUUCACUGCUGAAGUUUACGGCGAGUUGCUUCCGUGUUUUACAAGCGAGGUGCUCACCAAAGUUGGAAUGAAACCUCAUCACAAAUUCUACGACUUGGGUUCUGGAGUCGGUAAUACUACUCUUCAAGCUGCACUUGAAUUUGGAGCCGCUUUAAGCGGUGGUUGUGAACUAAUGGCCCACGCAUCCAAACUUACACUUGAACAAUCCAAUAUGGUGCAACGAAACUUGAGUGUUUUUGGGCUCAAACAGCUAAAUCUUGAAUGGGCGCUUCUGCAAAGCUUUGCUGAUAAUGAACAGGUACGCCGAACAGUCAUUGAUUGUGACAUAUUGAUAGUUAACAAUUACUUGUUUGACGCAGAACUCAAUUACAAAGUGGGAAAAUUACUAUACGGAUUGCGUCCUGGGUCAAAGAUCGUGAGUCUCCGAAAUUUCAUUAGUCCCCGAUAUAAGGCUAGCUUCGACGACACAGUCUUUGAUUAUCUUCAGGUGGAAAAACACGAGAUGGAACAUAACAUGUCGGUAAGCUGGACUGCUAACAAGGUGCCAUACUACAUUUCGGUUGUACAAAAGGAAGUUUGUAAACAAUACCUCUAG